ACCAAAUCAUGGUAAUAAUCCUUUUAGUGAGACCGUUGUUCAAGAUGAUGUUUAAGGGUGAUAAUAAAACAAAUGUUUACUGAGGUUUUCUUUUCCUUUACAGGAUUACAACAGCUGUGCCUUUGGAAAACAGAACACCAGUGGAAACGCCAACCCCCGCCCCUGUAGCAGUGAUCAGUGCAACUGAAGAGAAAAAACAAGACAAAAAACAAGCCCAGGCAGAUAAGAAAGGUGAAGCAGUAGAGAAGGUCACAGUUGAGGAAAAGGUCCCAGCUGAAAAUGAAAGUCAACCACCAGAGAAAGAAACAAAAGAACAGAAUGAUGUACAAAAGGAAAAUGUAGAAAAGGUGGAAGAAGUGAACAAAGAACCAAAUGAAGUCACCAUGGGGCACAGAACGAAUGUUUUAGGUGAAGAAUCAAAAGGAACUCAAGUUAAAGUCACAGAGGAAGCAAAUGUGCCUACAGAAAACUUUGGUGCAACGUCGUCCCAGCCUCCUGCUCGAUCAGGUCCAACAACGAAAAAAGGACCAAAAUUUAAGCAAAGGGGGUCAAAGGAAUUCAAAAGCAAACCACCCAAAAGAGGAGUUAUUGGAUUUGAAGAAAUCCCUGGAAUGGACGGCUUAGGCGCAGACAUCACCAUCAUUUGCCCGUGGGAAGCGUAUAGCCAUCUUGAGCUGCACGAACUUGCACAGUAUGGAAUUAUUUGAAGAUUAGGGUUUUCUAUGGUUUUUGUUUGUGUAUAAAUACUUUUUUUUUUUUUUUUUUUUUUUUUUUAACUAUGAAGCCUUCUCUGCAUUUUGUCUACUUAAGAAGUUGGACUGUUAAACGUUGGAUAACAGUAGCAAGAGAAAUUAAUAAAUAAAGGAAUGGCAUGGAAGAGUGAAUCAGUUUAGUCUGAUAUACACUGCUCCGAAGACCCAUACAUUAUAUCAGUAACCACCAACCCCUUGGAUGUUGCACCCAGUGGUCUCAAAGCAGAUGAUUAUUUUUCAAUUCCAGGCAAGUUUUGAUUGUAUAAAAAUCACACAAAAAAUCUGCCAAACAGAGUCUCCUGAAGGCUGCCAGACCAUAUAUGGGCCACCAAUAGCCAAUCACAGCCCUUAUUUGGUACCUCCAAGAACUUAUUUCAUGUGUAUGUUGUAGCCCAACUCUUUUUACAUUUAAAUGUGGCUCA